AUGGAGACAAAUAGCGUUAUAGUUAAUAUACUGUUGCGUUCUGCAAACGUGACGUCUAAGUUUUCUGCGGAGUUUUAUAUGCUUCAAUUCGAUACGAAUCCCGAGAUCAUUGAGUUGAUAAAGAAUAAGUACAAUAUAACAUCAGAUCAUAUAGGAAGCCUUCGAACAAUGAUAAAAAACUGCAGUGAUGAUUUAUUAGAGAAAAUGGUGUGGUGGUGUGGCAGACUGUUUCAGUCUGAGUUUGAGAUGUUAAUGAAGUCGAUUGCGGAUAUCAAUUAUCCGACUGGAUUCUAUUUAUAUCAAAACAAAGAGAAGAUCUCCUUCACUGAAAUCCAAGUAUUAACUCUCAAAAGAGUCUUUAAAAUAAAAGAAGAGGAAAAAUAUGUCUUUGACGAGGAUAAAGAAAAUUUGAAGAAUAAAGUGGAGGAACUGGGGAAUAUCAUAGAACUGAAGAAUAAACGGAUUACCCAAUUACAAGAGGACUGUGGGUUCAUGUCAGUCAAUAAUAGUGUCUUACAAGACAAGUUAGAAAGCCAGACAAGGGAGCUUGAGAGAGUCAAAAUACGGAACAAGACUUUAGAAAAGACUAACAAUGAGAUGUAUGCAACUAACUUACAAAAGAAAGACAAUGAAAUUGAAAGUCUGAAGAAGAUGAUUGAGCAACUGAAAGACCACAAAGGCGAGAAUAUGGAAAUUGAACGCCUCAAGAAAACAGUGACUUCGUUGAACACUAAAAUCCUUGGAUUUGUAUCACAAGUCGAAUCACUCGACAAAGAAAAUGAAACUUUGAAUGAACUUCUUAGACAAUGUGAAAUUGAAAUGGAUGAGAAAGAGCGUGAGGUCGAGGAGAUGCGAAUUAAAGUGGUCGAAGCUGAAAAAGUGCAACGAUCACUUGAAGACGUCCGACUCGAGUUACUUAAGACUCGAGACAUCAAAUCGAAGGACCCAUGUGCGACUCAAAUGAUCAAAAUGAACGAAAUGGACGAGCAAAUUCGGGAGCUUAAAACUCGUUUACGACACACCGAAGACGACAAUAAGAAGCUUCAAAGUGAAGUUUUCAAAAUGACGAGGAUCAUUCGUGGCGAAGUGGUUAAGUGUGUUCAAGUGGAGAAAAAAGCUGAAGUUGAGCGUUCGAAGUCGGUGAAAGAGAAGUUGAAGAUGUAUGAAGGACUCUGUGAGAAGAGUGUAGCGCUGAAAGUUCCUGAGCGCUCUCGAAAUUCAGUGAGUGUAGUUUCGACAGUCUCAUCACCUAGUUAUACUCAGAAACGGGUGACUCUCGGGAAGUGGUGA